CACGACAACAACAACAACAACAACAAUAUCUUUGUCUUACUGUCUUCUUUUUUUUCGUUCCUUUUUCUCCUAGCCUUAUCUCUCUAACAAUUAGUAAGGAAAUUGUAAAACUUGAAUUUCGAAAUAAAAAUGAUGGGAGACAAUAAUGAAGGAAGAAGAACGCCGUUAUUGAACCUCGGGGUUCAAGUGUCGAUGAGAGUGUUAGCCUUUGGAGCUGCAAUGGCCUCCAUGUGGGUCAUGAUCACUAACCGUGAAGUCGCCUCUGUUUAUGGCAUCGCUUUUGAGGCUAAAUACAGCUACGCCUCUGCCUUUAAGUAUUUGGUGUACGCACAGAUAGCAAUCUGCGCCGCGACAUUUUUCUCACUAAUAUGGGCAUGUUUAGCAGUUCGUAGAAGAGGACUUAUUUUCGCACUCUUCUUCUUUGAUUUGCUUACGACGAUGACGGCGAUAUCGGCUUUCUCUGCGGCCUUGGCGGAAGGACAUAUCGGGAAGUACGGUAACAAACAGGCAGGUUGGCUUCCGAUAUGUGAUUAUGUGCACCGUUAUUGCAACCGUGUCACUAUCUCACUCGCUUUGUCCUUCGCCUCUUUCGUCCUCUUGUUCAUCCUUACGAUCUUAACUGCCUCCGCCUCUCGUCAUUACUGAUUGUUUUUUUACAUUUUAUGUUAUACAAUUACAAUUCCUUCUACUCCAAGAUUAUUCAGUCUUUGUUAU